AUGGCGCGAGUCCCACCAAGAUGGCUCCUACUAUUAUACUUCUCUCUGCCUGUUGUGGCUGGAGGACAUUUUCAUCCCCUUACAAGCAUGCCACACAGCCAAUCUGUUGCAUCACCAACAUGGAGAAUGGAGCGCCACGUGUCCAGUGACAGAGAGGCCUCUCGAUGCAAUAUGCAUAAGAAGAAACGCAUACUGCAUAAGACAUUCAUGGCUCUGACUACAAUAAAAGCCCUAAGAGGGCAGCG